AUGGCCAGGGGCAAGAAGAUCCAAGCAGCGCCGGCCGCGGACGCCACGCCCAAGGCCCCCAAGGAAGCCAAGGCGCCCAAGGAAGCCAAGGAAGCCAAGCCCGCCAAGGAAACGGAGGUGACCAAGGAAGCCAAGGUGACCAAGACCAAGGCGCCCAAGGUGGACGUCGUCAAGGCGCCCAAGAAGGAUGCACCCAAGAAGGCAGGCAAGAAGGCUACGAAGGAAGCCACGACUGAGGUGACGACGACGGCCGCCAAGUCGGCCAAGUUUGGCCAGAGCUGGAGCAAGAAGGAGGACAAGAAGCUCAUCGCUGCCGUCAAAGAGCAGGGCAAGGGCCAUCAGGCCAACUGGAAGCUCGUGGCCAAGAGCGUGCCGGGUCGCACGGCCGGCGCGUGCCAAGGCCGCUGGAACACCGAGCUCGACCCGCUCGUGGACCGUAGCCCGUGGACGGCAGAGCUCGACGCGAAGCUCCUCGAGCUCUUCAAGGACGCGGCGUACGACUCGUGGAGCAAGCGCGGUGCGGCGCUUGUCGAGGGCAUGAAGUCGGCGAGCGGCGAGGCCAUGCGCCGAUCGGGCGCCGACUGCUCGAGCCGCUACGCCAAGCUCACCAAGGCCGACAAGAAGAAGAAGGCCAAGACGACCGAGCCGGCGACUGCCGCCGCAGUUUCGUGGGACGACGAGACUGAGGCGCCCGAGGCCGACUUGAGUGCGAUUGCGGUCCCGGCGGCUGCCAAGCUCACGCGCAACCAAGCCAACCGCGCGCGUCGUGUUGAGCGCCGUCGCAAGGCGGGCGCCGCUGCCGCCGAGGCCAAGAAGGCGGCCGCGGCCCUGGAAGCCGAGAACGAAAACGACCAUGAACAGCCGGAACCCACGAAGCGCAAGUUCAAAGACGUCGCGGGCAACAAGAAGCCUUUCAAGAAGGGCCCGCCGACCAAGAAGUUCAAGAAGCACUAAGUUCAUUUCUUAUCACUAACUACUUAUCCAUUAGACACGGCUACCC